AUGGCCGAAGCAGUAAAGGCGGCGGCCCGCCAAUUACCGGCCUUCAGGCUGGGGCAGAAGCAGGUGUUUCUGCCGAACCAUGUCAUCACCUUCCUCCGCAAGGAGCACCUCCCCCCGAACGAAGCCUGCUUCCAGGUCCCCCUCCGCUUCACGAAGUUCGACCUGCGAGACUACCUGUGGAACCUGUACGGCGUCGAGGUGCGGACGGUGCGCUCGUACGUCAAGCCGCAGCCGCUGACGCAGCGCAACUCGCACUCGCGGUCGUGGUACCGCCCGCAGCCGCUCAAGAUCAUGACGGUCGAGCUGGCCAAGCCCUUCCAGUGGCCCGAGCUGCCGACGAACCUCGAGCCCUGGAGCAACGAGCUGUGGAAGAUGCGCGAGGACCUCAUGGAGAAGCGCAACGAGGAGCAGCUGCACCAGCACGCGUUCAAGAUCCCGCUCAAGAGCCAGGAGCCCCAGUCCAAGGAGAGGAAGGACCUGGCCGCGCUGGCGGGCCAGAUGCUCAGGGGCGAGGUCAAGUGGUCCAACGACGCGGUGCUGGACCCGAAAUGGGACGACGUGCUGGCCAAGAGCGCUGCGGUGCCGCGGGAGACGACGCCGAAGAAGGACGAGACGACGCUGCCAUGA